AUGGACUCAAGAUCGUUGUUUGUCUUAUUAUGGAUGUUGCUGUCGUCCACCUCCACUGGAAUCAAACUAGAUGGAAAUGGUUAUGUUGACGUUGUCAUUGCAAUCAGUUCAAGAGUACCACAGGAUGACACACUCAUUGGUCAAAUCAAGGAUAUGGUCACUGAAGGGUCUCUUUAUCUUUAUGAAGCAUUGGAUAAAAAGGUCUAUUUCAAAGAAGCUACAAUACUAGUCCCACCUCAGUGGAAUAGUACGUAUUUUACCAAAGCAAGAACAGAGUCCUAUGGAAAGGCCAAAAUAAUAAUUGAUAAUGCUAAUCCAGCAUACGGCGAUGAACCCUACACUAAUCAGUACGGAGAAUGUGGCGCUGAGGGUCAGUACAUUCAUUUCACCCCAAACUUCCUCCGAGACACUACACUCAUUAAGCCAUACGGGCCAAAAGGAAGAGUCUUGGUGCAUGAAUGGGCUCAUCUGAGAUGGGGCGUUUAUGAUGAAUACAGUGAAGAAAUGCCAUUCUACUACUCUAAUGGCAAUAUUGAAGCUACAGGGUGUAGCAAAAAUAUUGACGGUCAGCUUUCUGAUGUUACUGCUGGAUCUCCAUGUCAAACUGAUCCACGAACCUCACUACCGUCUAAGGGUUGCACGUUUUUUCCGAACAAAUAUCAAAACACACACAGUUCCAUAAUGUACCUACCUAGCCUGGAUUCUGUCAGCACAUUUUGUCGUGAAAAUGAGCACAAUUAUGAAGCCCCAAACUUGCAAAAUAAAAAAUGUGGCAAAGCAACAUGGACUGUGAUAUUUGAGGAUUCUGUGGAUAAAGACGCACUUCGUUCUCUAAAACCACUGCAGUCUUCUCCACCGGCACCAGUUUUCAAAGUUGUGCAGCGAAUGCAUCGGGUUGUUUGUCUCGUACUUGAUGUCUCAGGAAGCAUGCAAGGCUCUCGAAUUCUUCGACUGCAACAGGCUGCCACACAUUUCCUGCAGAAUAUCAUUGAGGAUCAAGCCAGUGUUGCAAUGGUAACCUUUAGCAGUGAUGCUUCUACUCUGAGCUCCUUAACUCGUAUUGACAGUGACACCACAAGAGAACGUCUCGUCACUUUGUUGCCAAAAAUAGCAAGUGGAUCAACAUACAUGUGUAAAGGCCUCAAUCUAGGCUUACAGGUACUUAAUAAGGACAAUGGGGAUGUGAUAGGAGAUGAAAUAAUUUUUCUGACAGACGGUGAAGCCUCAGAUGACCUUAAUAGUUGUGUUCCGAAUGCAAUUAAUAGUGGCGCCAUUAUACACACAAUUGCUUUGGGUAAUAAAGCAGAUAAAGCCCUGAGGGAAAUGGCGUACAGAACUGGGGGGAAAUUUAUCACAGCCAGUGAUGACAUUCUGUCUAAUCAGCUACUGAAUGGAUUUUCCUCACUAACAGUACCAACAGGAGAUCAAACAAAAGAACCAGUUCAGAUAGACAGUGUGGGAGCAAAAACCUCUGAUUGGUUCAAUGGGACAGUAUCAGUAGAUCAGACUGUUGGUACCAAAACCAGCUUUACAAUAACCUAUGAAACAAGCCUACCUAAUAUUUACAUAACGUCACCAAGUGGCUCAAUCUACAAUCAAAUGCAGAUGCGUCAUGAUGAAUCAACAAAAACAGUGACUUUAAAAGUUCCAGGAACUGCACAGACUCGGGGACUGGAAUACUCUCUGGGCUAA